UCCGUCCUGUCGACUAGAGACCCCUCUCAAGAUAAGUGAGAGAAUUAAGUGUAGGGACAGUUUUAGAGCUUCAUCAAGCUAUAUACAUAUUACUUUGCGUAUCGUCGAGUCUUUGUGUAAUCCAUCAUGUCCGAGCUCCGUUUCCUCCGGCGGAAUCUCCGCAUCCUCGUCCUAAACCCAAACUCAUCCACCAUCAUGACAGACGGAAUGGCCAACGCCAUCCGCCAAAUGUCACUACCAGACUCAGUUGAGAUCUAUACCUACACAGCCCCUCCCCACUCCGCCCCAGACAGCAUCAACGACCAGGAGGGCAUCGACCGCAGCACGCAGGCCGUCCUCGAUGACCCCAAGAUCGAGGAGGAGCUUGAGUCGGAUAAGUACGACGGCGUCCUCGUUGCGUGCUUCAGCGUCCAUUGCCUGGUGUCAAAGUUGACUAGGUAUCGACAUCUUGCCGUGACGGGUAUUUUUGAAGCGAGUAUCCUCACGUCUCUUUCGCUCAUGGCUGCGCCGGACAAUGCAGGUAAAUGGGGAAUUGUCACUACUGGGAAGUGGUGGGAGGAUCACUUGUCGCAUGGUGUCAAGAACUUUCUUGGACAGCAGAAGGAUGGUGUGAAUAACAAGUUUGCUGGUGUUUUCUCGUCUGGGCUUACGGCGGGCGACUUUCACACUGUUCCUCCGGAGAAGGUAAGGGAGAAGCUCAAGGAGGCCACUCGAAAGUUGCUCAAUGAGGGACAAGUGUCGGUUGUGCUCAUGGGAUGCGGUGGUAUGGCUGGUCUGGAGGAGAUCAUCCGAUCGACUGCUAUUGAGGAGUACGGCAAGGCUGACGGUAACCUUGUCUACAUCGUUGACGGAGUCAAGGCGGGCGUCAUGCAGUUGGAGCAGAUGAUCCGCAGCAAGAAGAUCUUCCGGUAAAUCAGCAAGCGCCUCGUUCUAUCUGUAGAGCCAUAUCUGCGACUGUCUAGUACGCUGCUUGAAUACAAAUAAAGAAAUCUUUCCGUGUGUGUAC